UUUCGCUGCCGCACCACCACUGCCACUACGACCACCACCCUCUUUUACUAGCCUCUGCGCUCUCCUCUUUGCCAUCCCGUCUCGUUUUCUGCUUUCUCACCACCUCGUCUUCCUCCCAACUACACCUUUACCAUUUUCUUCUUCUUCUCUCCCUCCUCCGACAACCGUUUUUCUUCUUUCUCGACACUUGUCAACGGCAUCUCGUCUUGUGAUUUUUUUUUAAUUUGGCUUGAUCGAACGCUGCCUGUCGCCCUUUUCUCUAAUUUGCAACCACACGCCGCUCCUUCGCUUCCUCCUUUCUGACCAACUGCCAUUCGCCUUGUUCUCAUAGAAGAUUGAUCGACAACAACUCUCGAACUCGUUUUAGUCCUCCUAUUCUGGCCUUAUUUGCUAUUGUACAUCUCGAUCUACGGCAAAUAUUGCAUUGCAAGACCAGUCAAUUCGCUACGUGUGAGACGGAACGCGGCACCGACGUCCCUCGAUAUAUUUGCUCCUGCUUGCAUCACAGCCACGCCUUGGUCUCUGUUUUUGGACCGGGUAUAGCAACACACCACAAUACGAUUACUCGGAAGGCUUUUGACCGGAUUUCUUGCAACUUACUCACACAUCCACCCCUCUCACACAAUGACCACCUUCGACGUGGAUCGGGUGCCUGCCACCACAACCGACUCACAAGAGAACGUCCACCAUAUGCGACGAGAAACUAGAGACGGCAGAGUGCUCUGGUAUCAACUCACAGUUCUCCAGCAGCCCGAGUGCGCAAGAGCAUGCGGCUCUGGAUUCAAAGCCAACAGCGAUAGACGUCCAGUCGAUCCGCCACCAGUUGUUGAGAUUCGCAUCUUUGAAGGCCCCUCGAUUGAAGAGGGCAAGGACAUCACAUUCGACUACAAUGCCAACUUCUUCCUCUACGCUAGCCUCGAGCAAGCCCGCCCUAUGGCCCAGCCCAUCGGCCGCAUGCACACUUCUCUCUCCUCGAAUCCUCCCGUCUUGACUGGCGUUCCUGCUUCUGGUGUCGCCUAUCUCGACCGUCCUACCGCCGCUGGAUACUUCAUCUUCCCCGAUUUGUCGGUUCGUCACGAAGGCUACUUCCGCCUCUCCUUCAGCUUAUACGAGGCGUGCAAGGAGGAGAAGGAUUUCGACAUGGACCAACCCAUGGGCGAUGCGUACUCGGGAGUGGACUGGCGCAUGAACAUCAAGACUGUUCCCUUCAACGUAUACAGUGCCAAGAAGUUCCCCGGUCUGAUGGAGAGCACCGAGCUGAGCAAGACGGUGGCCAACCAAGGCUGCCGCGUCCGCAUUCGAAGAGACGUCCGCAUGCGCAAGCGCGACACCAAAUCCAACUCUGGCCGCGAUGGGCACGACAGUGACCGUAUUCGCAGCAGGGCGACACCUCCUUCUGCCGGUGGACGCGCCCGUUCACAAAGCAACUCCAGCGAGAACCCCAGUGGCUACGAGACAGAUGACCGCCGUCAUGCUGGCGUGGACUCGUAUGGCGCUCCUCUCCCUCCUGUAUACGAGGCUCCUCCUCUGCAGCAACACACUCCCAUGACAUUUGCCGGCGACCACGGUGCUCCUCACUACGCCGCUCCUCGUCAUUAUCCUCCUCUCAACAGCAGCUAUCCUCCGUCGCCGUAUGUCAAGCAGGAGGCAUCGUACUCUGGCUACCAGUCUGUCCGCGCUACACCACAACCUCAGGAAGCAGCUGUCCACCACUCUCACCAAGGGUCUUCGUCGACAUCGCCGUACGGCAGCAUGGAAGCCGACUCGCGUCGCACGUCCUACACUCCAUCCCAUCACCACUCGAGUUCCAUUUCGUCGCAACCGUCUCUUGCACCUCUCAAGAUUGCCUCUCUGAUGUCUCCUCUGCCUCCUAUCGAGGCCGACACAGACGUGCCUCCUGUUUCUUCCGCUCACAUUGCUGUUGGAGCUAAGCGUCACCACGAUGCCGUCUUCAGCCAAAGCACCAAGCCACUCUACGACGGCAACCGCCCGGUAGAUCCCCAUUUCCGCCCUCGCGGCCAUUCUCAGAUGGAGCCUGCCGAGCAGCUGUACUCGCGGGCAGUCUACUCUCGAGCCAACGGUAAGAUUGGCGUGAUUUCUUUCAACCAGUACCAGUAGAGGCUGUCAUGAAAGAUGAGCGACAGCUUUACUGUUUUAUUUGACGCCUGACGAAAGCAAGUGGCAGGACAAUGACUCAGGCGUUGUAUCUUUAUCUGUUUGAUUUAUGCUGUUUCAACACGCAGCAAUCUGGGUGGAGUUUUUUUCCUUUCUUACACGGCGCAUUUUUUGUCUUACUCUCUAUCUGAAAACACACUGGCGUUGUAUGGGCGGUACUUUCAUUCUGUUUCUACACGAGAGAUCCCGUUGGACUCUUGGGCAUGCAAAGCAACAGCAUGCAAGCCACACUCUUCUAUUCAAACUACAGCAACCCUCGCCGUCAAUGGCAGGGUCAGUCUUUUUCUCACAUGUUUUUCUUCUGGGUUUCUUUAUUCAACGUUUAUGCAUGGCAAAAAUAUUAGCGCGGAGCAGGAGUUCCUUUUUACAAGAACAAAAAAAAGGGAGCGGGCUAUCUGGUUUGGAGUUGUAUAUAUCUGGGCUUGGGUUUCUUUUUGCCGGGCUAGGAUAUGUGUUGUCAGAAAGCACACGCGCGCGUGAUGUGAGAGCCGUGGAUUUUUGAAUAGGCGAAAACAACAAUUAGGACACCAUUUUCCUCUCAUACAUGUCCUUUGCUUUACUGAUGUAUGUGAAUGUAUUACUUGUGUAUUAUGGAUUCGUAGUAGUAGUACAUGGCUGUUGUGUGCUUCUAUGUGUUUGAAGCACCAUAAAUUAGAUUAGACUCUAAGUUGGCCGUUGAGAUGGGCCAACUAACACUAACUUAGUACUACUAGCAGGGAAGAAGGGAAGACCAGGUUCAGGUCUAGGGGCGCAGGGGGGAAAGAAACGAUAAAAUUAAAAAAUGCAAACGAUGUACUUGUGAC